CUCACUGUGCGUGCGUACGUCCGUGCGUGUGUGUCAAUUAGUUGUUAGCUCGCGCUAGCUACCCAGUGAGCUAGCAAGUUAGCUUCUUGGAACCGUUUAACGUAGUUAGCGUUUAAUGCCGAGAAGCAGCUGUCCUUCACCAUGAGAGAAGCCCCCCCCCACGCUGCACGUCUGCCCCCCUUAACGCCGACGAGGGGCCUUUCACACCGCGACAAGAAGUUAGCCAACGACAACAGAAAAUGAACUUUUCUUCCAUUCAGUGGGUUACUACCAUUGUGCCAAAAAGUCACUCUCCUGGUUACCCAGAACGGAUCAGGCUUCAGCGGGGCAGAAGCGGUGCAGGGAGAGAGCCCACACCGGCGUAGGAAUACGAAAGGACCCCUGACUUCAACUGAAGUGGACGUAUCUCCGACCCAGAACUGUUGUCCUUGAUGAAACCGUCGUGGUUGACCUGCCACCCCCAAUGGAAGUGCCAUCGUAGACACGAGACACUGUGGCUCGAACUGCUGCACAGUGUUUUGAGCGUUUCGGCCCCCGGUUGACCUCCCACGGUGGAGAUGGGUUCCCAGGCCCUUCAGAUCUUGCGGCAGGGUGUGUGGGCUUCGCUCACGGGAGGCUGGUAUGUGGACCCACACCAGAGCACCUUCUCCAACUGCUUCCACCUCUACCUCUGGAUAUUUCUCCUGGCCUUCCCCUUUCUGCUCUACAUGGCUCUCCCCCCCAGCUUGGUGGUUGCGGGCGUGUACUCGGCCGCGGUGGCGGUCUUUUUCACAGCCGUUAAAGUGGUGAACUACCGGCUUCACACUAUGUUUGACCUCGGGGAGAUCGUAGAGAAGAAGCACGCCUCGCUCACAGCCGAAGCCCCGAGAACAGAGGAAGGAGAUGAAGUUCUGGGUGUUCAUGAUGGGAACCGGCGCCGGGACAGUCACGUUGGUGUAGAGAUGACUGUGUUUCGGAAGGUCAACUCCACACCUCCGGUGCGCUGCAGCUCCCAGCACUCUCUGUGUGGAUUGAACCAGGUGUCGGAGUUCUUGCCCCAGUUGGAGGAUACAAGAGGCCCCAACAAUAUCAGAGAGCUAAUGCGUGAACAAGGAAGCAAUAACGGGAUUGUUACGUCUGCUCACCGGGAGGUCCCACGACAGAAGUCCCAGGACACCGUCCGGACCCCCAGCGCGGUUCAGUCCUGCAUUGCUGCUGCUCUGGGAGGGGAUUUCCCAGGUCUUAUGGGAGUAUCUGGAAUGUCAGCCGGGUUUGGAGAACCUGGAGUCUGCCUGUCGAUCCCCCCUUCACCCUCCAGUCAGGAAGAUGGAGGCGAGAAAGAGCUGUUGCAGGAGUUGGAGGAGCCACCAGAACAAUUGGACAACGGGUUGGGGGCUUAUUCUCCCUUCGGCCCAUCUGCUGAAUCUGAGAGCCUUGGGGAUACCCCUCUUAGUCCACUAAUAAAGAGCAGCUUAAGUGAGGAGCUGAGUGAAAAUCUGUUGGGUUUGGGGCUCGACCCUGUCGUGUUUGCGCCCGGGACCGAGCAUGCGGGCAGCCGCAGUGGGGUGGCGCUCGCUGCCGGAUCCACAGACAGCUGCUUCAGUGCGGGCGGAGCCACCACGGACCGCGAGACGCUGAGCACCGUCAGCAGUUACCGCAGCGAAAAGACGGAUUCCACUCAGCUGGAAAGCCCUUCGUUCAGCCAGCACGGGCCUGCGGACGGACAGGCUUCUGCUUCGGCGCCAGCGGCGGGUUUUAGCGUCCCGCAGCCCUCAGGAGACCCGGAAGAAGAGGGUGGAAGUGACACCGACAACCUGUCAGACAGCGUCCUGCUGCGCUCCCCUUCCAAAGAGUUCUCCCUCAGCCAGGGGCUGGACAGGACGCUUGUUGAAGGGGAGGAUUUGUCCCCCGUCCCCUGUGACCUCGCACGGUCCCGUCCUCGCCAGAACUCUUCCCCUUCGAGCAGCGGCCGCUCGGAGGUUUGCGACUCGGACCGAAACGCCUCUGUCCCGCCCCUCCCCCCACCGCGGCAGGCCAACUCGGCGCCGCCAGGGCUGGCCCUGGGUCUGGUGUGCUCCGAGCCGGCUCUGCCCGUAUCCUCCACCCCCUUUUUACUGUCCGACCAGCCGGCCCUGCAAGCCCAGCAGGUGGUGCGCCCCAAAGACUUGAAGCUGCUGCGGGCCAGCGGCAGUAGCGUGGGCCACCGGCCGGGCCGGAGGAAAGCCCCGCGGCGGCGAGCCGGCGCCGGGAGCAGUAGUUUUGACUGCGGCUCUUACAGCCGCCACCACAGCCACAGACAACACAGAGAUUACAUCCCCGUGCGCAGCCGGCUGGGCGCCAAGGCCUACAGCGAGAGUUUGUUUGAGGAUUCCAGCGACGACGAUGACGACGACGACGGCAGCGACAUGAGCGCCGGUUCGAGCCUCGGCUCUCAGCGCCGAUACAGUUCGGAUGACGACGACGACUCCAGCUCCUCUACCUCCUGCUACUCCCCCGACCUCGCCAACGCCGCGUCCCAGCACCCGGCUGCUGCUCAACUGCCCGCCCCGAGGGAAGGGGCGUUACCCGAGAGCGCCGGCCCCUCCCACCCUCGCGCCGCUCAGCGCUCCUCGAGCACGGCCAGCGCCAAGACUCACGCCAGGGUGCUGAGCAUGGACGAGGCGGGCGGGGCCCAGGGCAACGCAGCGGCGCCGCCCUCCGCUCUGCUCGCGAUGCCCCCCGCCUCCACCCCGCCGGCCCGCACUCUCACCGUCUCCAAGUCCGACCUGGAGGCCCGAACCAUCCAUACCGACGGCUUCCCGGGGGCUCAUCACCAUCACCACCACAACCAUCACCACCACCAUCAUCAUCGGCUGGAUUCUCUUGGAGGCUCUUGGACCGGCAACCAGAUCAGUUGGCGGACAGAAGAGCUGGUGGAAGAGGGAGCCGUGGGAGGAGCUAUGGCUGCAGAGGAUGGAGGCAAACAGGACUCAGUGAGCAGUGUUAAGAGGACCCAGGCCAUCCGCCGGAGACACAAUGCAGGGAGCAACCCGACACCUCCCCCGUCCACCAUGGGCUCCCCUCCCAGCCUGCAGGACCUCCAGCGGGCGCGCACCUCCUCUCAUUCCCGCACCCGCACGCUUCCCUCGGCCUUACAGUUCGCCUCCUCGCUUCUACUGCCCCGGAGCGGUAUCCAUGAGGCCUCCACCUUCGACGAUACAACCGAGGGGGCCGUGCACUAUUUCUUCGACGAGAGCGGAGUGAAGAGGUCCUACACGUUUGGACCUUCUGGAGGCGGGUACGAGGACCCUUUUCAGGAGAGGGAGAGACAGUCCCAGUCCUCCAGCUUCACCUCCACAGAGGUGCAGGAAGGGGCUCCGGUCCUCUCCAUGCUGCAGCCCAGGCCUGUGGUUUUACAGGGCAUGCGGGGGGGCAGGGUGCCUCUGGAAAUGCCCGAGUUUGAUCUGGAUCACGAGUCGCCACAAGAGUCCCAGGAAAACACUCUGAUGAUUGAGGAGAAGGCGAAACCCAAACAGUACUAUCGCUUUUGGGUGCUGCCUGGAAAGUGGCUGAGGAUUCGAUACGAUCGACUGGCUCUCCUGGCCUUGUUGGACAGGAACCGUCGCGUGGGAGAGAACGUGUUCGCCGUGGUGCUCGCCAGCCUGGUGGCCUUCCUGGGGUUCCUCCUCCUGCUCCAGGACUUCUUCAGGGACAUCUGGGUUUUUCAGUUCUGCCUGGUCAUUGCCAGCUGCCAGUACUCCUUACUGAAGAGUGUGCAACCAGAUGCAGCCUCACCCAUGCACGGCCAUAACUGGAUCAUCGUGUACAGUCGACCGGUGUACUUCUGCUUGUGCUGUUUGAUGAUCUGGAUCUUUGACCUGUCGGGGCGCUCCGGCAGCGUGCAGCCCUUCGCCCUCUACGGCGUCACCUUCUUCUCUGCACAUUUCCUGCUCUGCGUCAGGGAUAUGCUCAUCGUGUUUGCCUUGUGUUUCCCGGUCAUUUUCCUGUUUGGGUUGCUACCUCAGGUCAACACUUUUGUGAUGUGUCUGCUGGAGCAGAUGGACAUGCACAUUUUUGGUGGAACUGCCACCACCAGCCCGCUCUCCUCUCUGUUCAGCCUCAUACGCAGCAUGGUGGUGGCGUCUCUGCUGUAUGGAUUUUGCCUCGGUGCGAUUACCGCACCGUGGGGGGACGCCCAUGUGCCAGUACUGUUCUCUGUGUUCUGUGGCCUACUCCUGGCCUUAUCCUACCACCUCAGCCGCCAAAGCAGUGACCCCACCAUCCUGUGGUCACUGGUCAAGUCUAAAUUAUUCCCAGAGUUGGAGAACCGAACGCCAGAAGAACCCCCUGUGGAGAUCAAGGACCCUCUUCCGGAGAAGCUGCGUAGCUCUGUGAGAGAGAUUCUUCAUUCAGACCUCGUCAUGUGUCCCCUUAUGGCUGUGAUCACCUUCGCCAUCAGUGCCAGCACAGUUUUCAUCGCUCUUCAACCUGCUCUCAGCUUUGUCUUGUACAUCCUGGCCGGAGUUGUGGGCUUCAUCACACACUAUCUCCUGCCUCAACUCCGCAAGCAGCUGCCAUGGUUCUGCCUGGCUCACCCCGUGCUCCGCUCUCGAGAGUACAGUCAGUUUGAGGUCCGAGAUGCCGCUCAGCUGAUGUGGUUUGAGAAGCUGUACGCGUGGCUUCAGUGUGUGGAGAAAUAUUUCAUCUAUCCGGCUGUGGUGCUCAACUCCCUCACGUCAGAAGCGCGAACCGUGGGCCAGAACCACAAAGAUCUGGACAUCUACAGCCGAGCUCUGUUCAUCUCAGUAGCGGGCAUGAAGUUGCUGCGUUCAUCGUUCUGUGCUCCGUCGCAGCAGUACGUCACACUCUGCUUCACCGCACUCUUCUUCCAGUUUGACUAUCCACACUUUUCGGAGACCUUCCUAAUCGACUACUACUUCAUGUCCAUUCUCUUCAGCAAGAUGUGGGACCUGCUGUACAAGCUGCGCUUCGUGUUGACCUACAUCGCCCCCUGGCAGAUCACCUGGGGCUCUGCCUUCCAUGCCUUCGCUCAGCCAUUCGCUGUUCCCCACUCUGCUGUGCUCUUCGUCCAGGCCAUCUUUUCCGCCAUUUUUUCUACCCCUCUCAAUCCUGUCCUCGGCAGUGCGGUGUUUGUCACUUCGUACACAAGACCGGUAAAAUUCUGGGAGCGAGACUACAACACCAAGCGCGUUGAUCAUUCCAACACCAGACUGGCCACUCAGUUAGACCGCAACCCAGGGGCCGACGACAACAAUCUGAACUCCAUUUUCUACGAGCACUUGACGCGCUCUCUGCAGCACAGCCUGUGUGGGGACCUGCUGCUCGGCCGCUGGGGCAACUACACCACAGGCGACUGCUUCAUCCUCGCCUCCGACUACCUCAACGCUCUGGUGCACAUAGUCGAGAUCGGCAACGGCCUGGUCACCUUCCAGCUGAGGGGUCUCGAAUUCAGAGGUACCUACUGUCAGCAGAGGGAGGUAGAGGCCAUCACGGAAGGAGUAGAGGAGGACGAAGGCUGCUGCUGCUGUGAACCCGGUCACCUUCCCCACAUGUUGUCAUUCAACGCUGCCUUCGGACAGCGCUGGCUGGCCUGGGAGGUGGCCGCCACCAAGUAUGUGCUGGAGGGCUACAGCAUCAGCGACAACAAUGCAGCCUCCAUGUUGCAGGUGUUCGACCUCCGUAAGAUCCUCAUCACGUAUUAUGUCAAGAGCAUCAUCUACUACGUGAGUCGAUCUUCUAAGAUGGACGAGUGGCUGACUAACGAGAGCAUUCAGGAGGCUCUGCGGCCCUGUUUCGGAUCCAACUACGUAGACGGUGACCCCACUUUCAACCUGAACAUCGAUGAGGACUACGACCACAGGGCCUCUGGCAUCACCUCCUCGUCUUUCUGUAUGAUUUACCUGGACUGGAUUCAGUACUGCAACAGCCGGCGUCAAACGCCGGUGACUUGUGAAAGGGAUUCUCCACUUGUCAACCUGUGUUUCGGGCUGUGCAUCCUGGGCAGACGAGCUCUGGGGACGGCCUCCCACAGCAUGUCUGCAAGCUUGGAGCCAUUCCUCUAUGGCCUUCAUGCACUUUUCAAGGGAGACUUUCGCAUUACGUCUCCGAGGGACGAAUGGGUGUUUGCAGAUAUGGACCUGCUGAACCGAGUCGUGGCGCCGGGAGUGCGCAUGUCCCUCAAAUUGCAUCAGGACCACUUCACAUCUCCGGACGAGUAUGAGGAUCCUGCGGUUCUGUACGACGCCAUAACGGCCAACGAAGAGAAGAUGUUGAUAUCUCACGAGGGGGACCCGGUGUGGCGCAGCGCCAUCCUAGCAAACAUGCCCUCGCUGCUGGCGUUGCGCCACAUCAUGGACGACGGGAGCGACGAGUACAAGAUCAUCAUGCUGAACAAGAGGUUCCUCAGCUUCAGGGUCAUCAAGGUGAACAGAGAGUGUGUGCGUGGCCUGUGGGCGGGGCAACAGCAGGAGCUGGUUUUCCUGCGCAACCGUAACCCAGAGCGUGGCAGCAUUCAAAACGCCAAGCAAGCCCUGAGGAACAUGAUAAACUCCUCGUGUGACCAGCCCAUCGGCUACCCCAUCUACGUGUCCCCUCUCACCACCUCGUACGCCGGGGGGCACGGCCAGCUGCGCUCCGUGUGGGGAGGGCCGGUCAGCCCCCACAACAUCUACGCCUGGCUCAUCAGUAGCUGGGACAGGUUACAGAAAGGCUGUGGGGCCGGCUGCAACAGCGGAGGGAACAUCGAGGACUCUGACUGCGGGGGCGGCUCCAUCUCCAUCUCCACCAACCCGGCCGUUCACACCACCCAGAGUACACCGGCCUCCGGCCUUCCACAGCCGCACGUUACCGCUGUCCAGCCCCCCAUGGACAACCCUUUAGGUCCAACCCACAGCUGGCCUCACCACCCUCAACCGCUCCCAUUAGCUCUGCUCAGCCAAUCAGAGGGCAGGAUGGAGGCGGGACUGCUCACCUCCCUACAACGAACGUCCUCCAUCCAGGGUCUCCUGGGCCAGCAGCUCUCCAGCUCGCAGCUCUCCUUCAGCACCUCUGUGGCUCCGCCUUCUCUGCCGGGCUCGGAGCGCUUCUGCCCGGCGAGCCUCCUGGAGAACUCUGGUCACAGGGCGGGCCAGCGGGGCGGCCUCGGCCCGGUCGGCGGGCUGCACUACGAGAGCCACUUUAGCAAGUGGAGCUUUUCGGGCAGGAAGGGCUUCAACGGACCAGCUGCAGUGGAGGGGGAAGGAGGAACGGUACAGACCAUAUGCACACAGCCAACUCCUCCUGCGCCCUUUCAAGACACCAGUCUGACACAAGAUCCCCUGGGAGCUUCCCAGAUGAUGGAUCCAACCCUGCUGACUGCAGGGGACCCCCCCGCCCCCCGGGAGGAAUCCACAGAGCUGCCUUUACUCGAGCACCUGCGCUGAGUCUGCACUGGGGGAAACCCACAGUGACGUGCUUUGCAGAAAUGCUUUCGUCAUGAAAGCACACCGCAGUCUGGACCGGGCCCGGCUCGCCAACGCCACCUCCUGGGCUCUUUCCGUCAACCCGCUAAACGGCCCAACCACAAGUCAGCUUUUCAUCCUGAUGAUAUUCUUAACUUUGUUUCCUGACAAAGGCACUCGGUGCCUCGGUGGAAAACCUUUUACUGGUGACAUUAGUGAAAGGCCGGUGCAAUUAUAUUGAAUAUUUAGCUUGAGGCGUGAUUACUUUUCCAUACUGGAGAAUUGAUAACCGCUUCUAACUUUCUGUUACUUGACUUCUGCAGCAGUAUUUGUUCUUCGCGUUACCAAUCAAAAAAAAAGACAAACACAUUACUGCUGUAUGUGAAGUGAAGGGUAUGUGGAAACCACGAUAAGCCUUGUUUUUUUCUUUUCCCAACUUUUCCCGUCGUCACCGGACCGCAGUUGUGUGUCGAUAUUUAACAGUUCACAGUGGAGCCUCCGCUUCUCCUUCCCUGCACAUUACACAUAUUCAACAAGAAAAGGAAAAAAAACACACCCUACCAAAACGUCAUCCAUGUUCUCUGGUUCCAUUUCCUACAGAGGUGCCUGGCGACAUCAACAGUUCUGUCCUGGAGCGAGUUUCAGGGGUAAAAAGAAAAGAAAAAACCCUCCCUUCCGUCCCAGCCAAAACGUGGUGCUUUAACCGCUAGUUUACACUCUAUUCAGGCCUGGACGAGAGUCCUGAAUCUGACAAGCAACCCGCAGGAGUGGGGAGACUCUGGACUGAGCUGGUGCCCAUUGAUUUGGAAAUUGUGUUGAUCACAAAGCUACAACCUAGGAGUGUUAGGAACUCAAAGCCUUUUUUUUGGUGAGCGGAAUGUCCUCUAUUUUAAUACUUUACUUGAAGAAUCAUGAGUUCCUCUGUGUUUAAGGUGCACCAAGUUUAUCUCCUUUUGGCUUUUUGGAUCACUGAUCGGAUCCACUCGGCUCAUUACUCGCUCGAUAUAAGGGACCCGGGCUGCUUUGUGUUCUUUGCCUGCAGUACGGCCUCCCGUUACUAUACUACUGCUUCUGCAUCUCCUGCUACUACUAGUGUACCCACAACUACUGCUGCUGUUUCUACAACAGUCAAAUCCAGCGUUUUAGUUGGAAAUGAACAAAGUUUAAUAAAUACUGAAAGCAAAGGUGGAAUAUUUAUUUGACUAAUAUUGUCUCCCAGAUAUCUAAACUGAAUUUGUCAAUAUGGUGUGAUGUAUGGAAUUGGAAAUAUGCCUUUUGUUAACUGCACCUCCACCCCUCCCUCAAUGUGUUUGGUGUCAUCACAUUUGUAUCAUCUCGCCGGUGGCUGUCUUUUUUUAAUUUUGUUAUACAAUAUAACUGGAAGUAUUUCGGAUAAAUUACUCUAAGUUUGGUUUCUUUCCCAGUUCUGUAUGAGUUUCUUUCUGUCCCCCUCUACAUCAAAAAGCAAAAGAAAAUUUGAGGGUUGAAGCAAAAAGAAGACGGCAGUCGACCAAAUUCGUCCCUAAAUAUUUUCCCUCGUUGCAGUUGUCUGCAAUGCUUGAAUGAUUAUUAAUGAAUCGUUUUCUCCCCAGAUUAUCUCUUAGAAACGGGGUUCCCCUCUUGGAGACUUGAAAGCAGGCCAGCGUUCUCAGGGUCUAUAAUUGGAAAGAAAUGUACUAACGCAGGAAGGAGGGAUUUAAAGAAAACUUCUGUUCUAAUGCUGCAGAAGGUGCAACGUGCUUCAGUAUCCUUCACAAAACACCUUCGGACUCCCUUGACUCAGGAAAAUAGACUUUCUGAUGAGUGCUUUUUUUUCCCUUUCUUAUCGCUACAGUCGUCUUGUUUCCAAGGCAACAGGGAGCAAAGUGUGUUUUCUUUGCUGGAAGUGUGGAAAGCACAAGUUAACAGGCAGAUCUGGGUGUCAAUAAAAAGGGAUUUCUAAAUCUCCUAAAAUAUGUACAGCAUGUUUCUUAUAUAAAUAUAUAUUUAAAAUACAAAUCUAUUUUAUUAUUGGAUUUGGGGUUAUUUUACAUUUAAGACACUAUCUUGUGGAUGGACCUUUUGUGUUCAUCAGAAGGGAAAGCUUUGGAGCGGCACUCUUCCAGUUGAAAUGUGCAGUUUGGGAAAAAUCUAAUUUUGCACAAAAUGUAUCAUACACCAUCCUACUUUAUCAUUUUAGGAGGGGAGGUCUUUUAUUUAAGAACUUAAAGUGGAUGUUCAAUGUUCUGUACAGUUUUUUUUAUGUGAUUUUUCUUUUGUUUUUCUCCUAUUUAAAUUAAAGUUUUUUGUGUCCUUGUUUGCAAA